CUAUUAACGAUCGUUGUACUAAUACUACUCGAUCCAUCAUACACAACGGCAUAUAUAUCCGUAAAUUAUGAGAUUGUUCUCAUAUAUAUAAUAGCGGCACUAACUUUGCUGUACUGUAUUGUUUCAAUCGUUAUGUAUGCAAUCAUGCAAAAGCGGAGUAAUAGCGAUAAUCGGCCGACAUCAUUGACCAACUGCGCUCUUACGAAAUGGCGAGUGCUAUUCCUUUAUAUAAUACAUAAAUGUAUAUGUAAAAAUGUUCAGGAAGUAAUAUUCUGCGGUGCUGGAAUGAUUGGAUGGAUGUUAGUUUGCGGAAUUGGAGGCACAAUUUCUCAAAGAACAAUUAUUGAUACUGGCGAAGUGUUCGGCUGGAUGGCGGCUUGUGCUGGUAUAAUUGUUGCACUCUUCCUUGGCAUUCUGGCAUUGUUCUGCUUGAAUAUUAUGAAUGAAAAGAUUCUCAAUCCAAGAAGCAAUAAAUAUGGUUCACAAUACCAAUAUGGUUCAAGGCUUUGA